GAACAACCAAAAGAAAAGAAAAAAAUUGUGUUAAAAAAUUACGUUCCCAUUCAAAAUUUAUUCCAAUAAAUUAAUCCUAAAUUAAUAUAGUGCUUUUCUAAUUAUUAUUUUACAACUAAAUGGCAGCAGUAAGACGAUCGACACGUUUAAGCAGUAUAGGUAAAGCUACACCUACACUUCCUGCCACACCAAAGACACCCAGACAGGCCAGCUUAUGGCAACAUAGAAAUUCUAGGAAUUCAAUUACCAUCCACAGUGACGAGGAGGAAGAAUACGAACUUUCCUCCAACUGUAGUAACGAAGAAAAUUGUGACUUAAUAAAUAAAAUGGAACAUCGUAAGAGAGCAACUGUAAAAACAAAGAAAACUGCAGAAGUGGAAGAAAUUAAAACACCCAAAAGUAAAAAGGCCACUAAACCUAUGCCUGCCUCCAAAAAGAGAGAAUUAUUGAAAAGACUACAAACAGAGGAAGAAACUUCUGCAGAUGAGGAAGACUCACAGCAGGUAUCUCCACCCAAACAUGCCAGACAACAGCCAACCGCCUUGCCCAAACAUGUUAUAAGCCCUUCACGCUUACUAGAUCGUUUGAGUAUAGACGAAAGACCAGAAGAAGAAAUGGUGAGUCCUAAAAUAUUGACGCCCAAAAAAAGUUCUCCCAAAACUACACCAGUUCGUAACAAAUACCAAAAUGCCCGACGAGUGUUAAACAGUGCUGAAUGUCAGAAUUUACCAGGUCGUGAAGAACAAUUGGAAGAAUUACGUUCCUUCUUUAGAGAACAUUUAGAAGCUAAAAGGUCGGGCAGUCUAUAUGUUUCCGGGCAGCCGGGUACCGGCAAAACAGCCUGUUUAUCGCUGUUGCUACGGACCCCCGAGUUCAACAAACGUUUACAGACGGUCUAUGUUAAUUGUACUUCUAUUGCCUCCAUUGGAGGUGUUUACAAAAAACUUUGUACCGAAUUGAAUUUAAAACCUCAGGGUCGUACUGAGCGUGAUCAUUUACAGGCUUUGCAGCAUCAUCUUAAGACUUGUCCUAAAAUGCUCUUAAUAGUUCUAGAUGAGAUUGACCAAUUGUGCAGCUCAAAACAAGCUGUGCUGUAUACUAUUUUCGAAUGGCCUUCCAUGCCCGAUGCCAGUAUACUUUUGGUGGGUAUUGCCAAUAGUUUAGAUUUAACUGAACGAACUUUGCUGCGUCUGAAUGCUCGUUGUGAACUGAAACCAAAACAUAUGCACUUUCCUCCCUACUCCAAACAACAAAUUGUAGAAAUUUUCAAAUCCCGCUUGGAAGAGGCCGAAGUAUUGGAUAUUUUUCCGCCUGUCACGUUACAGCUGUUGGCUGCUAAAGUUAGUGCUGUAAGUGGGGAUGUGAGAAGAGCUUUGGAUAUAGGUCGUCGUGUAGUUGAAAUUGCUGAACAACAGAAGAAAGCGGGUGAAAGAGAAAUCAACUUGAAGAAUCUUAAUUUAGUAGAGGGGGAAAGUCAUCAUAUUCCUGAAGAAACUCUCAAACCCGUGCAAGUAACACAAGUUGCCGCUGUACUAAAUAAAGUUUAUGGAGUCUCGCAAAAUCUACAAGAAGACAUGGAUGAAUCCUUUCCAUUGCAGCAAAAAAUCAUGUUGUGUUCGUUAAUGUUAAUGCUGCGCAAUGAAAAGAAUAAAGACAUCACAAUGGGUCGUUUACAUGAAGUCUAUAGACGUGUGUGCACCAAACGUAAUAUUCAUCCGGUAGAUCAAGCUGAAUUUUUAAGUCUUGUGGAUUUAGUGCAGACUAGAGGUAUCUUGCGUAUUGUUAAGAAAAAAGAGCCACGUCUAUGUAAAGUCCAACUACAGUGGGAUGAGGACGAAGUGAAUGGUGCUCUCAGUGACAAGCAGUUAAUUGCUUCCAUUUUAGAUGACACUGCCUGUUUGGGCAAAUGAUUUAUAAUUGUAAUUAUGUGUAACUGACAAACGAUUUUUUUUUUAAAAGGAAGUAAUUCUCAUCUAAUUUUUUCUAUUUUAUAUGUAUUUUUAAAUUUAGUUUAUUUUUUUUUUUAAUUAGUAAUUUUAUUCAAUUCACCUGACAUUUUUCUCAUUUACAUCAUCUGUUUUGUUUUCAUACACUCACUCGCUCAAUAGCACCAACAAUAAUAGAAAAAAAGUAUUUUUAUAAAAAUGAAAAACUGAAUUAUUUUUAACUUUUCUAUUCUUUUAAUUUAACAAACAACCUUGAUCUAAAAGAAGAGUCACUAAUACAAAAAUAAAGUGCUAUUUACAAAUUA